UCAAAUAUAAUAUUCAGCAGAUAGCUAAAAAUAUUGUCCCAUGGUGGGAUGUUGAUAAAUGGGAAGAGUCAGAAUUAAUAGAUAUCCUUGAGAAGAAAUAUACGGAAGAAGGAAUAUCUCUAGAAAUGUCUCCAGAAAAAUAUAAUAGACCUUUUGGAUUCGGAGUAAAACAAUUUAUAACCAAGUUCCUUUUUGAUGAUGCAGAUACGUUGAUAUUUGUCUGA